AUGAUGGAUCCAUACAAUUAAAACUGUCCUCUCAAUAACAACUCAUCCGAUUAUGAAGAUUACUAUGAAGAUUAUUAUGAUGAGUAUACAGAUCUCAGGAAAUCUCUUAACAUCAUGUCAAUCAUUGUAUACAGUCUGGAUUUUGUACUUGGAGUGGUGGGCAAUGGCAUUGUCAUUUGGGUUACUGGAUUCAAAAUGAAAAAGACGGUCAACACGGUCUGGUUUCUGAACCUUGCUGUAGCAGACUUCCUCUUCACAUUCUUUCUUCCUCUCAGUGUGGCUUACACGGCUAUGGGCUUCCACUGGCCUUUUGGCCAGUUCAUGUGCAAAUUCAACAGCACACUUAGUUUAAUCAACAUGUUUGCCAGUGUGUACAUCCUAGUUGUGAUCAGUGUUGACCGCUGUUUGUCUGUGGUGUGUCCAAUCUGGGCACAGAACCAUCGGAAUGUGAGCCGAGCUUCUGUGGUGAGCUUCGGAGUUUGGUUAUUUGCCCUGGUGCUGAGCUCACCCUCCUUCGUCUUCAGGGACACUGCACUCCACAGCAACAAAAUCAUCUGCUACAACAACUUUGCAUUGUCUGAUGACUCUGAAACACCAGAGGUGGUGAGGCUCCGGUAUCGUGCCAUGAUCAUUACCCGUUUCAUCUUAGGCUUUGUGGUGCCUUUUGUGAUAAUCAUCUCCUGCUAUGCAGUCAUCAUCCAUCGUCUCCAAAGAAACCGUUCCAUGCCUGGCCGAACUGGACGCACCUUAAAGAUCAUUGCUGCUGUGGUCACCACCUUCUUCAUCUGUUGGGCUCCUUUCCAUAUCCUGGUGCUCAUUGAGAUGGUAAACCACGUGGAAAUGAAAUACAGCUACACCCUGCAAUAUGUCACCACUGUUGGAAUUCCCAUUGCGACCAGUUUGGCUUUCCUAAACAGCUGCCUGAACCCAUUGUUGUAUGUUUUCAUGGGACAAGACUUUAAAGUCAAGGUGCGCAAGUCAAUCCUGAAGGUUUUGGAAACUGCUUUCACAGAGGAAGCUUCACGUACAAAUACCUGCACAAAUUCUUUACAGAGUGACUCAUUUGGAUUUUAA